GAAAGCGAGCGCUCGGUAUAAAAAUGGAGCGGGCGACGAAGGUGCCAGGAACAAGUGGAGAUCAUCCGGUCCAGCAGGAUGGAGGUGCUUUCAGGCCAUUUCUGUCUGCAGUGGAUUUAUCGAAACGCCUCUCGUCCUCCCAGCCGCAGCAAGAAAUAGCACACAAGAUCCAAGCAACGCACAACCUGACAAUCCUCAUGCAAGAUGGAUCAGAACAGCUGCUGUCGGACUAUGUAUUUCACCAGGAGGAGCCGUUUGGGGAUCCCAAUUUUAACCCUCCCCCUGUGCCCUUCCCGGGGCUGCCGUUGCCCACCCUGCCUCCUGCAGCCUGGCUGGACCUCAGCGACGCUGAGCGGCUGCAAGCCAACACGGCGGCUUUCUCCAACUUGCCAGGCUACCUGGCAGCUGUCAGAUGCCAGCAGAUGGAGCUGAGCCCUCAGGCCGAAGAGCUGCAGCGCCAGCUCGAGAUUGCACGCAUGCAAUGUCUCGGACUGGUGAACAACCUUAAGAUCAUCAUGAACUUGAUGGGCAUUGGGCUCGGGCCAAUAACGCCAGCGGAGCCACCAGGGCUUGACAGCGCCUUCCUCAUGAAGCUCUUUGGCUACAGAAUUUGCCACCUCUACCAGGAGUGGGUCAACCGUUGCGAAAAGGACAUGGCUCUACUGGCUACCAAAUACCCUAUCUGAAAGGUUUUCCUCACAGUGACGCCAAAGUACCCAGUUGCAGCCUUUGUGGGGUGCAGUCUGUAGUGCAUACACAUAAUAUAUACUGCCCCAGUUUGACUACCAGUUUUGUAGGUUAUGAGGGGGAGAAAUAGGAAGACCAUCUCUUUUCUCUACCCCCCCCCCCAAAUAAUCCAAAGGAUUGGAAUGCCCUUCUCUUGAUAGGAAAAGGGUUUCCAUAUUCAAUGAGUACAGCAGUGAACUCUGCAGCCUGCCAACCUCCUCCAUCAUCUCUUCAUUUCUUUGAUACAAAUGUACUGAUGGGGAAAAUGUUUUCAAGGGCAACUCAGAGUUGUCUAUCCCACACUGCCAAUCCUGUUCCCCCAACCAGCUUCUGGCGUGUGGUAAAUAAAUGAAUUCAUUGAAUUCAAGUAGCCAUCCCGUCUGCAUCUGUAGGUGGAACCUGGGAGAGGACGCCAUCUUGUUCUUCACAUCAUGGAAGCAAAAUAGCAUGAGCCAGCCCUGGUGCUACAGCUACCAUCUCAAAUAUUGGCAGGGCGUCAACGCCUCUCUUUUGUGAGGCAAAGGAAAUGGGGGAGGUUGCUGGCAGCUAUUUUGGGAUGCAUGUUUGCUCACUUCCAUAAGAGCCAUUUUAUGAGGACUUCUUUGUCCUCUGAAUGCAUAAAACCUAAAUGCUUGUCUUCUUGAAGACAGGCUAGUGUGGAACAAGAAAAUCGGUUUUGACUUCUAAGCUGAUGAACAGACCAAGCGGGCCAAGGUGCCUGGUUUCAGUCAGUCAGAACUGCUCAGCCAUGUUAUGGCCUUCUGAAGGAAAUGAGACUCUUCUCCCACUCAACUCUAAAGCAAUUGUUCCUCAGUUUUGAAAAAGCUGAAUGAAUCCGUUCUGUGAUACGGAGUAAAUACGUGAGUUGGGUAGGCACAAACACAAGGGCUGUUCUUCCCCAUAUAGUCUUAGGGGCGUUCCUAGCCUAUAGUAACCUCACUGCCCCUCACAAACCACUACACGUCCCUCCAUUCCAUUAUGGGGUGAAGGGUCUCUCAUCCCUUCCCUCUUCUUUCCAGCCUCUGUUUCUUUGACACUGGCUUUGGGAUUUUCCUUAGGGCACUUGUUCCUGCCCUAGAUACUUUAGUUGCUGCUGUAUGCUUUGUUUUUGUGUUAAUAUUAUAUAUAUAUAUAGAUUUAUAUAUAGCUACAAAGUAUGAU